AUGCCCUGGACCAGACCCCAGGUGGACCUUCAUGCUGCUGGAGCAGAGGCCAUGGACCAGUACAACAUAGACGCCCACCACUACGAGGGCUCCCUGUUCCCCACCUCCACCCUCAUCCCCGUCACGGUUAUCUGCAUCCUCAUCUUCAUCAUCGGGGUGACGGGCAACACCAUGACCAUCCUCAUCAUCCAGCACUUCAAGGACAUGAAGACCACCACCAACCUCUACCUGUCCAGCAUGGCGGUAUCCGACCUCAUCAUCUUCCUCUGUCUGCCCUUUGACCUGUACCGCCUGUGGAAGUACGUGCCAUGGCUGUUCGGGGAGCCGGUGUGCCGCUUCUAUCAUUACAUCUUUGAGGGCUGCACCUCCGCCACCAUCCUUCACAUCACGGCCCUGAGCAUCGAGCGCUAUCUGGCCAUCAGCUUCCCCCUCCGGAGCAAGGUGGUGGUGACCAGGCGCAGGGUCCAGUACAUCAUCUUCGCCCUGUGGGGUUUCGCCUUGGUGUCUGCAGCUCCCACACUCUUCCUGGUUGGGGUGGAGUACGACAAUGACACACACCCAGACUACAAUACAAGGCAGUGCAAGCACACCAACUACGCCAUCAGCUCGGGGCAGCUGCACAUCAUGCUGUGGGUGUCCACCACCUACUUCUUCUGCCCCAUGCUCUGCCUCAUCUUCCUCUACGGCUCCAUCGGGUGCAAGUUGUGGAAAAGCAAAAACGACCUGCAGGGCGCUUUGGCCCGUGAAAGAUCACACAGACAAACAGUGAAGAUCCUGGUGGUGGUGGUGCUGGCCUUCAUCAUCUGCUGGCUGCCUUACCACAUCGGCAGGAACCUCUUCGCCCAGGUGGACGACUACGACACGGCCAUGCUGAGCCAGAACUUCAACAUGGCCUCCAUGGUGCUCUGCUACCUCAGCGCCUCAAUCAACCCCGUCGUCUACAACCUCAUGUCUCGGAAGUACAGGGCUGCUGCCAAACGCCUCUUCCUGCUGCACCAGCAUUCCAGACAGGCCCACCGCGGCCAGAGGCAGCUGUGCGUGACCGAUCACAUCUCCACCCUGAAUGAAAGCCUGACUGGGGUCUGA